CAAGCACAGAAACAAUGAGCGGCAGCAGCAGCUAUCCACGGCCCUUUGAGAACUUUGGCACGGCCAAGCUGCACCAGCUGACGUGGGAGGCCGAGGGCGUGCUCCGCGUCAGCUUCAAGCGCGGACCUGUCAACUCCUGGGUGGAGCCCAUGUGGCGCGAGCUCGAUGCCAUCUUCCGCCAUGUCGCUACCGACACGGACGUGUUUGCGGUCGUGCUCAGCGGCGAGGGGCGGUGCUUCACGGCCGGCCUGGACCUCGGCUCGGACUCGCUGGGCCAGGUGAUGGAAGACGCGGGCCCGGAUGUGGCGCGAAGGGCGUUUGCCAUGAAGCGCUGGGUCGGCGAGUUCCAGGCGGCCGUGAGCCAGAUGGAGCGGUGCGGCAAGCCCGUGAUUGCGGCUGUCCACAACGUCGCCUAUGGCCUGGGCAUCGACCUGCUCUGCGCCGUCGACAUCCGGCUCGCCGAGUCCACGGCGCGCUUCUCCGUAAAGGAGGUCGACGCGGGCCUGGCCGCUGACAUUGGCACGCUCCAGCGCCUGCCCAAGAUUGUCGGCAACCAAUCGCUGGUGCGCGAGCUGUGCUUCACGGCACGAGAAUUCUCGGCAAAAGAGGCCCUCGACAUGGGCUUCCUCAGCCAGCUCGUCGACGGCGGCCGCGAUGCCGUGCUCAAGGCCGCCAUCGACAUGGCAAAGGUGGUUGCGUCCAAGGCACCCGUUGCCCUCCGCGGCACCAAGGAGCUCCUCCUCCACGCCAGGGAUCACACCGUACAGCAGGGCCUCGACUUCACGGCGCUCUGGAGCGCAUCGAUGCUGCAGAGCGAGGACAUUCCCGUUGCGAUGGCGGCCGUGAUGCAGAAGCAGACGCCCAAGUUUGCAAAAUUGUAAAUCAUUCGACAGGAUUAUUACACUGCUAUAAUCUCGAUGGCCGUGUCGUUGUUGUUGC